AUGGAAACAAAAUUAAUGUUUUUCCUUAUUUACUCCUUGGUUGGCUUUUUUAUCUUUUUAGAUUACUAAAAGUUAAAUAGAUCUGAUGGAGUUUAUUAAUAUGAAUGCGAAUUAGAUGAUAUAGAAGAAAAUGAAUAACACGAAGCUAAUAGAAUUGCAAAACAUUAAAAAGUAUUAGAAAUUUUAGAAAGAGUAAAGGCUAAUGGUGGAUAAUGUUUUCUUGAUGCAAUUGCUGAGGUAAAUAAAUCUACAGAUUAUAAUUACCAUGAAUUUUAUGAAUACUAACUUUUUUGUCUCAUUUUACGAUGUGGGAUUGAAGAGGAUGUUCCCUCAGCUGAAUUAUUCUCUUCUUGCAUAGAGACAAAUUGUUACAUUGACUAUGGAACUCUUUCAGGAUAUUAUAGCUAUUCUCUAUAUAUUUUUUUUAUAGGUUAUCACUUUGAAUUAAUAUAUUCUGCUUCAAUCUAAGUAGAUGAUUGUUUAAAAGUACUUUCAUCAUAAUUCAAUAUAAUUGUUUGA